GAGCACUUUGUAUUAUUUCUUUUAAGGCAGUUCUAAAGCCACCCCGAUCAAAACGGGGUCCUUUCAUAACAACAACAUGGCUGCCCUCUGUAGAGGCAGUCAACGAUGGAAAAGGAUACAUUGUUUUCACGUUUUUAAAAGAAAAUUCACGGGGAAGCAUGACUAUGACCUGGUGGUCAUUGGUGGUGGUUCCGGGGGCCUUGCCUGCUCAAAAGAAGCGGCUCAGCUGGGACAGAAAGUUGCUGUUUUAGAUUAUGUAGAACCUUCUGCAAAAGGUACUAAGUGGGGUCUUGGUGGUACCUGUGUCAAUGUGGGUUGUAUCCCUAAAAAGCUCAUGCACCAGGCUGCUCUGCUUGGAACUGCGGUCAAAGAUGCGCAGAAAUAUGGCUGGCAGAUAUCAGGAACUGUGUCCCAUGACUGGUCCACAAUGGCAGAAGCUGUUCAAAACUAUGUCAAAUCUUUGAAUUGGGGCCACAGAGUUCAGCUUCAAGACAAAAAAGUGACGUAUCUGAACCUCAAAGGAACUUUGGUGGAUAAACACACAAUUAGAGGCUUGUCAAAAGCAGGCAAAGAGACGAUCCUGACCGCCAAGAAUAUCGUUCUCGCCACAGGUGGACGACCAAAGUACCCCUCAAAUGUCCCUGGAGCUGUGGAGCACGGCAUCACCAGUGACGACAUCUUCUGGCUGAAGAAGUCUCCUGGAAAAACACUUGUUGUUGGAGCCAGUUACGUAGCUCUGGAGUGUGCAGGUUUCCUCACAGGCAUUGGCCUGAACACCACUGUGAUGGUUCGCAGCAUCGCCCUCCGCGGUUUUGAUCAGCAAAUGGCAGGCUUAGUGACAGACUACAUGGAGUCCUAUGGAACCAGGUUUGAGUGGAAGUCUGUCCCGACAAGAGUGGAGAGACUCUCCUCAGGAGCCCUGAAGGUGACGUGGACCAACACCCAGACGGGCUGCGAGCACAGCGACACCUUUGACUCUGUUUUGUGGGCGGUCGGUCGUUCUCCUGAAACCAAAGCUCUGGGUCUCGAUAAGGUUGGAGUACAAAUCAGCAAAGAGACGGGCAAAGUCAUUGUAGGCGCUGAUGAAUCCUCCUCCGUGCCAAACAUCUAUGCGUUUGGCGACAUCGGUGAGGGUCGUCCCGAAUUGACUCCAACAGCCAUUAAAGCAGGACGGCUCCUCGCCCACAGACUGGCUGGUCGGAGCUCUGAGCUCAUGAACUACGACAACGUUGCCACCACAGUAUUCACGCCUUUGGAGUACGGCUGCGUUGGUCUGUCCGAGGUGGAGGCUGAGAGGAGACACGGAAAAGACGGCAUCGAGGUUUACCAUGCCUUCUACAAACCCCUGGAGUUCACCGUCUCACAGCGAGAUUCCUCUCAGUGUUACAUUAAAGUGAUCUGUGAGCGUGAAGGAAAUCAGAAGAUUCUGGGUCUGCAUUUUCUCGGUCCAAACGCAGGAGAAGUCCUUCAGGGUUUUUCUUUGGCGCUUCAGUGUGGAGCAACAUAUCCUCAGCUGACGCGGACUGUAGGAAUCCACCCGACGUCCGCCGAGGAGCUGAUGAAGGUCAACAUCACGAAGCGCUCGGGCUUGGACCCCACCGUCACCGGCUGCUGAGGUUAAGCACCUCGGCCUCUGGGCACACAGGAGCAAAAACGAAGCUGUUUUCUCUUUUUAAGCUCUCCAGCUCCCUGGUACCUGCAGAGUAGAUCACAGAUGCAGACGUUACCCCGGCACGGCAGCGCUGUUGUUAUCCGGCAUAUGCCACCGAAAUAGAGCGGCGAGAUCAGGUUAGCGAAAGCCUGGGCGCAGAGCGAGGGCCUUCCAAAUAAACACGCUCAUCAAUCAGGAUUAAAAACCUGGGUUCAGGAUUCUGUUGAAACCGCACUAGAAACAUAGACCGGGCCUGAACCUUCUUCUGAAUAUAUAUAUUCUGCAAAUAUUGUUGUUUCUCUGGCUGUACUUCCUGUCCAUUAGUCUUGGAGGUGACACAUACCAUACGCACCCCCACCUCCCCAGAAUGACACUGAUGGAUGGCCCCAGGGCCGUCGCCGCAGCGACACCGCUCCAUUUCCCAUGGACACACACAAAUAGUCAGCGAGGCUCCUGUCAGUCAGCCAGCAGGGACCCGGGCCAGGGAGCCCCCAGCUUGGUUUGGGCUCGGCAGACCCCCAUCCUUUUCCUCUCCGUCCACAUGGAGAGAAUACAGUACUAAUACGUGCUGUCAAAAGCUGUACGGAUGCCACAGCCCAGAACUGUAUUCAGCACCCCUGCACUACCCAGUGUCACCCAAAGGGGGCACUGCUGCCUUCAGUUUCACCCACUUUUCUUUUUUUUUAAUGAGGCAGGAGGAGAAAAUUAAAAAGUCUAUGUAUAAAACAUGGAGUUCAGUGCAGUCGGGUUGCACAUCUAAUCCCUAUAAUCCCUGUUUAAGAUGCGAGUGUCUGAAGCUGGAAGGCAGAGUGGCGUUAUUGGUGCCAAACUGAUAAGGGUUAUCUGGUGUGUAUUUACACGGAUGGCAGGUUAGUCUUCAAGAGUCAUCACCCUUGAAGAUAACGCCAGUUUGUUUAUAUCAAUAAAGCAUUAAUGGACCUCCAGUUUGCCAACCUGCUGUCCGUGUCCGACAUCUUGGGUUUAUUAGGCGGGGGAGGCGGGGCCUGUCGGGGAAGAGGAUGGCAGCAGAAACUGCAGGAUUCUGCCGUUUAUUUGUAUUUGAAGCGUAAUCUGCCCCGUCUGAUUAAUGAUUAUGACGAGAGGAGUGACAGCGUGCCAGGAGAUGGAGAGAUGAAAAAGAGACUGAGAGCUACCAGGUUUAUUUGGACCUGGGCCUGGGGAGGGAGCCGGGUUUCAGGGAGGGACGGGGGGGGGGGGGGGAUUCCUGUGUGCUCUGUUCAGGGCCGAGGUGCUGACUGAAGGACCCUGACCUCCGCUCAGCAGGAACAGCUUGACUCUAUCACUUGGAGCACAGAGGGCUCAUAUGCCACGGCACGGCAGGGGCCGGCGGGUGGGGGCGAGGGGGUGACUCCAGGUGGACAAGGAGGGUGUCAUGAGCCAAGGAGCAGACAGAACCACCGACCGACUCUGCAGGGCGGAGCUCGGGGGUGACUGAGUCUAAUUCUGUGCUUAACGAGCCACUCCAGUCCUGGAGGGGGGCCUGAGGGAAAUCACGAGGACGGUCAGUGUCACUGUUUGCUUCUUCACCCCCCCACCGCUUCAUCCCACUUGUUUACUACACAAUCUUUUAUGGAAAUAUCGAGAAGCAUUCACCGAACCUGUUAACCUGCUCCAGUUUGAGGGAGGGGGAGGUCAGGGGUCAACUUUCAGAGCAGCCAGCUAAUGAUGACCUGCACUCAAACCCAGAUCUGGGGAGUGCAGGUUUGAUGUCGCCUGGCUGCAAACUUCAGGAGAUGUAAAUAGAGACGCAUCGUUGUCAAUAAAGCUCUGUGAUACAUAAUUUAUAUGUAAAAAAAUGGGGCGUUGAGAUACAAUGUCGCCAUUAAACAAAUUAAUUCCA